CUGUACUCUACCUCCGCCUCCCUCUGGCCAUUGCCAAGGCUCUCCAGGGUCUACGGCGUUGCAGGCGGAAGCGAAGCAAAGGCAGCGCGAUAGCGACCAUGAAGCGUCUCCUCAGGCGCCUCUCCCGCGUGGCCGCGGCCGACGCCUGCGCCGCCGCCGCCGCCGGGUACCAGCCCCUCCGGCCGGAGGGGGCGGUGGCGGCGCCGAAGAUGUCCGCGUCGUCGGCGUCCUGCGCCGGCGCGAGGCGGCUGGGCUGCGGCGCGCGGGUGCCGGAGGGGCACGUGCCGGUGUGCGUCGGCGAGGAGGGCGGGCCCGUGGAGCGCUACGCGGUGCGGACGGACCUUCUCGGCCAGCCGGCGUUCGCGGCGCUGCUCCGCCGUGCCGCCCAGGAGUACGGCUACGGCCACCCGGGAGCCCUCCGCAUCCCCUGCACCGUCGCCGACUUCCGCCACCUCCUCCUCCACAUCGCCUCCGCCGCCGACCACCACUCCGACGACGACGACGACGGCGUCCUCGCCUACUAGAAUCCCCCAUCCCCUCCUCUCCCCGUUUUCUCCUUGCUCGCGGUAAAAUCUUUUUACCCAUCGAGGGCAUACUUGUAAUUUGCCCCAGGGUAAAACGGUAAAUCCGCAGCGCCAAUUGCUUCCGCUGCUGGCAUUUUACUGACCUACCCCUGCGUGGGUGCGUGUAAAUAGGGAGGCCUAACUCCACCUCCGAAUGGGUUGGUGGAGGGUAGGACGGGGAUUUCGCCGCAUUUUCUCCUGCAGCUCAAAUUUUUUUAGCACCUGCUGUUUGGUGGGAAUUAGGGGAUAUUUUUUUGUGUUCUUCUUCUUCUCCAUUUGGGGUUCCAUCUAGAUCUAGCUCUAGCUGUUGUAAUGCUAGCUAGUGGUAAUGCAUUAUUUGCUCUUGUUUUUUGUUUUUUUUUGGGCUAGGGAUUUGAGGUGUUGAGAUGAUGAUACAUGUAAGCCAAAAGGCUAAUCUCAUGUGAAAUGGCUCAACUUGCGAAUGCAAAAUCGAUCUUUUGUUAAGCUCCAAGAUCUGGGGGAAUCAGCAAUGCCGUGCGUUCUUUUUUUUUUGCCUGU